AUGCUGUCCAUAUGUUUUACGACCUUAUCACCCCAUAUUUUCCUUGAGAUUCACCAACAACAUGAACCCAGAAACCAAGCAGCAGUUUCAGAAUUCCUGCUCCUGGGACUGACAGAUGACCCAGCCCUGCAGCCCCUCCUCUUCAGCCUGUUCCUGUCCAUGUACCUGGUCACCAUCCUGGGAAACCUGCUCAUCAUCCUGGCCAUCAGCUCUGACUCCCACCUCCACACCCCCAUGUACUUCUUCCUCUCCAACCUGUCCCUCACUGACAUCUCCUUAAGCACCAUCAUGGUCCCCAAGAUGCUGGUGAACAUCCAGAGACAGAGCAAGAGCAUCAGUUACGCAGGCUGCCUCACCCAGGUCUACUUUGCUCUGGUUUUUGUUGGAAUGGAAAACUUUCUCCUGGCAGCAAUGGCUUUUGACCAUUAUGUGGCCAUCUGCCAUCCACUCAGGUACACAGUCAUCAUGAAUCUGCGCCUCUGUGUCCUUAUGACUCUGACCUCUUUGUGCAUCAGCACUGUGGACGCCCUGCUGCACACUCUGAUGGUGCUGAGACUGUCCUUCUGCACAGACCUGGAGAUCCCCCACUUCUUCUGUGAACUUGCUCAGAUGAUUCACCUGGCCUGUUCGGAUACGUUCAUUGACAACAUCCUUGUCUAUAUCGCAGCUGUCAUAUUUGGUGGUGNGGCUUCAGCUUCCAGUGGGAAAGGCAAGACUGCUACUGUGUUCUCAAAGUAG